AUGUUCGGCUUCUCGUACAUCGUGGGAGCCCUUUCCCUGGCUUCCGCGGUCUCCUCGACGGGGAUUCUUUUGCCUCUCUACUCCUGGCCCGAGGACAAUACUACCUGGAGUCCCGUCUACAACGCAGCCGCUGCACACCCAGACAUUCUGUUCCAGGUCAUCGUCAACCCUAGCAGUGGCCCCGGUGACACAACAUACCCCGAUGAAACCUACAUCGCCGGCUUGGCCAAGCUGAACAGCUACGACAACAUCCAAGUAAUCGGCUACAUCCCAACCGAAGACGCCGAGCGCGACGUCUCCGCAGUCAAAGCCGACAUCUCAACCUACAGCAACUGGUCUUCCUACAAAGCCCAGAAUAUCACCGUCUCCGGAAUCUUCUUCGAUGAAGCUCCCAACGCAAACGAUCAGACCAAAAUCUCGUACAUGCAGGAGAUCUCCGAGUCCGCCAAGUCCAGCAACCUCCCCACUGUCGUUUUCAACCCCGGUACUAAACUUGAGGAUGGCUCUGCGGCUGAAUACUUCAAGGCGGCAGAUUUGAUUGUUGAGUUUGAGAAUUCGUACUCGGCGUGGACUUCUACUGUUCCCGCGAAUGAUCUCUCUGGCGGCUAUUACUCCAAGGCCGCUAUUAUCUUGUACAGUGCGCCUCUUACGGCGGAUUAUGAGACUGUUGUUCAGGAGGCUCGGGGGAUGGGCCUGGGUGCUGCGUACUUGACCAACAGCGACGAUUACAAGACCGUUGAUAGUUUGGUGAAGGUUGCGGCGUCUUUUGUUCAGGCUUCAAGAUGCUAG